AUGGCGGGGGGGGAGGUGUCCCAUCAGACAAAGACAAAGAAAAGCUUUUUAAAAUCAAUUCCUGCCCUGCGAGUUGGCUUCGCCCACACCGAAGGGAAGGGGCACGACCCAGCGGCCCCGACACUGUGCCGCGCGCAGCUUGUCCAGGACGCGCGGAGGGAGAAGCGGCACCGCCCGGGGGUAUUUAACUCCAGUCUGCAACACGCCGGGCGUCAGACGCUCGGGCUCCUCCCGGGUCGGGCCUCCCUUCCCUCUUUCCGGCUCUCUGCCAGCGCGCCUCACCCUCCGCCCAGCACUCGCCUUGCGCUCAGACAUCGGCCGGCGGGCGCCGGCAGCGGGGCGCGGGGGGCAGAGGCGAGCACCGCCCCCUGCGCACCGCCCAGCCAGGGCCGCCCGGCUUCCCGCACCCAGCGCACCGCGGAGCUCAAACUGGGACGUCAGGCGGCUGAGGACGCCCGGCCAGCCCGCAGCAUGGAUUCAGAUUCCGGCGAGCAGAGCGAGGGCGAGCCUGUGACCGCCUCAGGUCCCGAUGUUUUUAGUUCAAAGAGCCUGGCCCUUCAAGCCCAGAAGAAGAUUCUGAGCAAAAUAGCCAGCAAAACCAUGGCCAACAUGUUGAUUGAUGACACCAGCAGUGAGAUCUUUGAUGAGCUCUACAAAGUUACCAAAGAGCACACCCACAACAAGAAGGAAGCCCACAAGAUCAUGAAAGACUUAAUCAAGGUGGCGAUCAAAAUUGGGAUCCUCUACCGAAACAACCAGUUCAGCCCGGAGGAGGUUGUUAUUGUGGAGAAGUUCAGGAAGAAGCUGAACCAGAUUGCCAUGACUGUCGUCAGCUUCUACGAGGUGGAGUAUACCUUUGAUAGGAACGUGCUUUCCAAGCUUCUGCACGAGUGCAAGAACCUGGUGCAUGAAAUGGUGCAGCGACACCUGACGCCCAGGACCCACAGGCGCAUCAACCAUGUCUUCAACCACUUUGCUGAUGUGGAGUUCCUCUCCACCCUCUAUAGCCUGGAUGGAGACUGUAGGCCCAACCUCAAGAGGAUCUGUGAGGGAGUCAAUAAAUUGCUAGAGGAGAAAGUCCUUUGAAUGCCUUCCCACUUCCUGAACUUUGCUGCUUUUAAGUUACAGCACCACUGUGGUCCAGGUAAGAAUCAAGAAAACAAGAAGAAACCCUUGUGAAAGAUGUCAGUGUU